GACAGGAAGGAAUCGCGUUCCUGUAAUACAGAAGAGAUAAGUAAGAACAUGUGAUGUCUAUAUACGGUAAAGCAAAAAUAAUACAAACGAGGCGAGAGUUUGAAGGAGAAACAAGGAGGGGUUAGAGAUUGAACGGGAGAAGAGCGAAGAAGGAAGUUCCCUCCACCACCACCUCCUCCUCCUCAAACACUUGGUUAAGCUAUGCAGAUGCAGAUCAAUUCAUUUUUAUUUCGUCGUUCAGAGUUUCAGACAAGGCAAUGUGCUCAGGGUUUUUGAGCAAACAAGAAACAACCAAUUCCAAUUAUUUCAUUUCACUUUCACAUGUAUAAAAUUAAUUAAUUAAUUAAUUAAUCAGGAUUCAGGAACCUCGUAAGCCUCCACCCGUCAAUCUUGUGUUUGUGCACGCGCUGGGUUUGUCACUAGUAAGUUAUAUCGCGCGCCAUGAACACCAUCUUCAGCAAACUCCGGAACCUGGACGCUUAUCCAAAGAUCAAUGAAGAUUUCUACAGCAGAACCCUCUCUGGUGGUGUUAUCACGCUCGCCUCCUCCAUCGUUAUGUUCUUUCUUUUCAUCUCCGAAUUCCGAUUUUACCUCCAUUCAGUUACUGAAACAAAGCUUGUUGUAGAUACUUCGAGAGGAGAAACCCUACGUAUAAAUUUUGAUGUCACUUUUCCUGCCCUUGCAUGUUCUAUACUCAGCCUUGAUGCCAUGGAUAUCAGCGGGGAGCAACAUCUUGACGUAAGGCAUGAUAUAAUCAAGAAAAGAAUUGAUGCUAAUGGGAAUGUAAUUGAAGCCAGGCAGGAUGGAAUUGGUGCACCCAAGAUUGAAAAGCCUCUGCAGAGACAUGGUGGGCGGCUUGAACACAAUGAGACAUAUUGUGGUUCAUGUUAUGGUGCAGAAACGUCUGAUGACCAUUGUUGCAACUCAUGUGAAGAAGUCCGUGACGCAUAUAGAAGGAAAGGUUGGGGGCUGUCGAAUCCAGAUAUGAUUGACCAGUGCAAAAGAGAAGGUUUCCUGCAAAGAAUUAAAGAUGAAGAAGGAGAAGGAUGUAAUGUUUAUGGAUUCUUGGAAGUUAAUAAGGUAGCUGGAAAUUUUCAUUUUGCCCCUGGGAAAAGCUUUCAACAGUCAAAUGUUCAUAUACAUGAUUUGCUGUCUUUCCAGAAGGAUAGUUACAAUAUUAGUCACAAAAUAAAUAGAUUAGCUUUUGGUGAAUACUUCCCAGGUGUUUUAAAUCCUCUUGAUGGGGUGCACUGGACACAAAAAACACCAAGUGGGAUGUAUCAGUAUUUCAUUAAGGUUGUUCCCACUGUAUACACUGACAUAAAUGGGCAUGCUAUCCAGUCAAAUCAGUUCUCUGUAACAGAGCAUUAUAGGGAUGCAGAAUUUACAUAUCCUCAGUUUCUUCCUGGUGUUUUCUUCUUUUAUGACCUUUCUCCAAUCAAGGUGACUUUCACAGAGGAACAUGUGUCAUUUUUACACUUCUUGACUAAUGUUUGUGCUAUUGUUGGAGGUAUUUUCACAGUUUCGGGAAUAGUAGAUUCAUUCAUAUACCAUGGCCAAAGGGUGAUAAAGAAGAAAAGUGAAAUUGGCAAGUUCAGCUGAUUUUUUGGCCAUUACAUAUAAAUUUCAGUUUUAUCGUUCAUGGCCUUAUGGGAAGAAUUGAUAAAUGGAAGAAACAAUCGACUGGGUUUUCCCUUGGAUUUUGAUCUGGGCCCUCGGGAUCCUUUAACUCAAAAGAAGAAUGUCAUGUAGCAAGUUCCAUCAAUUAAUGAGGUUAAUUUUCUUCUCUUCUGUUCUAACUUUUUCUCAUGUUUUCUAUUUAUUAUAUUCUAACUGCAAUAUGAAUUUCUGUUCUGGAAGUAGAUUGAUAUUACUGCUUUUAUCGAAAAUGUUGCUUGGGGUGUCUCCCGAAAGGCUGAAACCA